AUGGAUGUGACCACCAUCCUGACCAUGUUUAGAGAAAUGAUGGACGAACAGAAGAAUGUUAUCGCCAAACUGCUAGAUCGCAUUCCAGAACGCGGACAGGGAGAUUGCAAUGCGACGGAGCACAUGGCACUCCCAAACUUGAUGGCAGCGCAGAGGCUGAUCACAAUACUGGAUAGAGACCACAAAGCAGGCAAAACGGUCUCACUGCAACAAUUGCAUCAGGAGUGCGAAAACUUCUUAAGCCUUAAGAGAGACAGUGAAGUUGUCGCCGGAACUAUGAAACUAGUGGAAGCCACGUCCGUCCAGAAGCGAAAGGAAAUAGAAUGUUGGAACUGCGAAGGCAACCAUCGUGCUAGUGGAUGCCAAGCAAAACCGUGGUUCUGCAAGAAGUGCAGGAAGGUCGGUCACAAGGAAAAGUUUUGUGACACUUUACGACAAAAGAAGACUGCGGGUCGCACAGAGGCGACGCAGAAAACUCAGCAUACUAAAGAGAAGUUCUCGAGGAACAGAAACAACAGAGGUCCGAGAAAACAAGUACGAAUCGUCAAGAUUGCAAAUGCAGCAGUUCAGGCAAACUCUUCCCGUGUGUACAUCGACGCUGUAGUGAACAACUACUCUGUCAAAUUUCUUCUCGAUACUGGAUCAGACAUCACACCAGAACAAUCGAGCAGCGGCCACAAGGACAUGCGGAUUGUGCUCACAUCGUUUGAGGGCAUCUACCGAUUUAGAACGCCGGCCGUGGCGCUCUUCCAUCCAAAUUGCUUCCGCCCAAAGCCGUCCUAA